GGCUAGUUGAUACUACUUUAUGUCUUGGGGUGGUGGAGAAUGGCGCACAGUUAUGUUGACCUAAGUUACCUAAGUUCAUUAAUUCAUUUGUAUUUUGUUUUGUGGCGCUGUUAAAAUAAGUUGUUAAACUUGAGUGUAGCGCCACAUUGUCCUUGUUAUGUGUUUUUGAAUAAAGAAAAAAAAUUCCCUUCCGUCCCACUCAUUUUCUGGGAGACCAUGUCGUGGAUUUUCUUUGUUAAAUCUGUCAUUUUAAGCUUACAAAAUGUAAUUUCAUUGAUUUCAUAAUUUUGACGGACAGGGUGAUUUUUUCCGGCCCGGACCCAACAAGCAAAUGCAUUUCUGUCUCGUGACGGUGAGACGGGUCCUGGAGAUGAUUGAAUAAUAAAUGUAAUUCCAUAUACGACGCCAUACAGUAUGUGAUCGCCAAUAUAUCAUAGUGUAGGCACAAGGCUCCCCUAUGCCCUAGGUCCUGUAAAUUAGAAAAUGCCCGGUGGCCUCGUUCAGUACCAUGCCCCUAAUCAACGUUGUUCAUCAAAUGUAGUAUAUACUCGGGACACAAAUAACAACACAGGGCCCAUGAACACACGCUAAGCUGGUCAAUCCGAAUUUAGCUCCCAAAUACCCGGAAAAAAGGAAAAUGAUCUGCCUUUUUGUUUUGUCACCUGUCACUCAAGAACUCAACAGGUGGGUAACCUUACAUCGUCUAAGGACUGAGCUACUGGUACUAAGAUUGUCAAGAGACGUCAAACAGACUUCUAAUCGGUAGUUGUCACUGGUUGGCAGAGUAUACGGGUAAUAGGGUCCAGUGAAUGUUACAUGAAUGCUUUAUUCAUGUCCCGUUUCCCCCAUCUCCUGUUGUAAAAACACGGCGUUGCGUAGCGUUCAACCGUGAUAGAACUUGAGUCGCGCGCGACCAUAUUUGACAUAAACAAAUGUCAAAGGGUGACUGAAACCCGACACAAAUGGUGAGACCUUAGUACGUGUAAGGAGUUGUGGCGUAACGUUGUACUUCACCGAAGCCUAUAAUCAAAUAUGUAGACUCACCUAGACUGUGGAGUCAAGAUAAUCAAGGGCCAUCGACAAACAAUCUGGGAGCACAGACAUUUUGGCAAGUACACCCGGAUCUGAAACCAAAAUGGCGACUCUCUUGUAGAUGGCAGACCACAUCCCUUAACACGUUGGGACCAUGGCGUAUUUCAAGAAGAAGGAGAGUCGCCAGGACUCGGACACAGAUGACCGGGAUGUGCCCUUCUGUGGAAGGAAGGGUCACCUCGCCGCCAUCAAAAAGAACUUCCAAGAUGGCCGUCAAAUCGGUCUCAUCUCUGGCAUGCCAGGGGUGGGGAAGACUCGCCUUGCCAAAGAAGUUGCCUUCCAGAUGUCACUGGACUGUAAAAAUCAGAAUGUCAAACUACAAGUCAAUACUUUCAAUGUGGCAAAAUUCACGAGUACAAACCUGAUCUUAGACACCAUCUGUGCAUCGAUGUUGCACAAGGAACAUACAACUGUUUCGUCAAAACCAGAAGACUUGACCACGGCGUUGCAAAAACUGAAACUAGACGAGGACUAUUAUCUCUUCAUCUGUGACAACGCAGACACAAUUUUGGAAGACGGUGGAUUACGUACAGAACUAUUAGACUUUAUAAGUCAAAUUGUUGAGAUGACUCCAAACGUGUUGUUCUUGGUGACGUCGCGAAGACGAUUCCGACUAGCGAGAGAAUAUAGACUAUUUUUUGACGUUGAACUUAGUCCACUUGAACCGGAUGAAGCAAAGGAUCUUCUGGCAAAGAUCGCACCUAAGGUACCUUUGCAGACUCACGGAGAGGAGAUCGCGAAAAUUUGCGGCUACCUGCCGUUGGCACUGGUCAUCGCCGGUGUUGAGCUCCAACGAGGUGAAGACGGCUACACUCCGGAAGAACUCCUAGAACUUCUAAGGAAAAAUGUUUUAGAGAGUCCCCUCUCGGCAGAGAGCUACAGCAGAAGCGAACAAGUCAGUCAUGUCUUACAAAGUGCUAUUGAUAAGCUCACCGACGUUAUCAAAAGUCAUUUUGCAUCACUGAAUUACAUUCCUGGAUCUUUCGGUGCAUCGGCUGCGGCUGCUAUAGCAGGGAAACAGAGCCCAGCCCAUGUAAAAGCAGACGUGAUUCGUCCGCUGAGAGAACGGUCCUUGUUGGAGUUCGACAGCUCACAGCAGCGAUUUGAUAUCCAUCCGCUGAUGAGGGACCUUGUGCAGCAAUCACUUAGUCAGUUUGUAGACGUUGGUGUUACCCGUCAGCGCUACUGUGUCUUCUUCGCUGAUGUGCUGAAGCAGAUUGGAUUGGCCAUGUACAGUGACGCACCCAGAGGACUGCUGGAUUUGACAACGGAGUUUAAAAACAUUGAGAAACUGAUGUUGGAGGCAGUCAACUGCGCUGACGAGGACACGCACAGGGCACUGAUGCGCGCUGUGUACGAGGCAGAGCGAGUCAUUAACCUGUACGUACAUCCAGGUCAGGCAGUCCCGUUUUUCGAGGCUUGUCUGAGCUCAGCCAUGGCCUGGGGAAGUCCUGAAGAACGUGCCAAACUGCUGAACGUCGUGGGCUUCGCAAUGGGAAACUAUCAGGGCAAAUACGAGGAUGCCUACAAAAAGUACACCCAGGCCUUGGAGCUGCUCGAGCCCUUGGGAGAAAGCACAGCACUGGCAAGACUCUACUCAAACAUCGGCUACGUCUACCACACCAGGGGGCAACACAACAAAGCUAUCAGGUAUCUGGAAGCUUCACUGGAGAUGUGGGAUCGUCUCCGCCAUGGACCUACCAGGGGAAAGGCGGUCACACUGGCGACCCUGGGGAUCGUCCAUGACUUCGUCGGUAACCACGAAAAAGCCAGAGACUACCAUACAAGGUGUCUGGAAAUGCGAAUAGAAAUGUGUGGUGAAAACCACCCGCUCAUCGGGCCAACUCAGAACAACCUUGCCAUCGCCUACAACAACAUGGGCGACAGGGACAACGCCUUGGAGCUGCACUUAAGGGGUCUUCACAUGAAGCGCCGCUGGUUCAACCAUCCGGCUCAGACCAAGGUGGAGUCCUUGAAUCAUGUCGCGGAGGAGUACAUUCAUCGGAAGGACUAUGACAAAGCGCUGCAAUACUUACGAGAAGCAGAACAGAUGCAGAGGGAGGUUGGCGAUGGGGACGAACAGUCGGUGUUGAGUAAUGUGAACCUUGGGAGGGUGUUCAUACACACAAAACAGUACAAAGAGGCAGAAGAGCAACUCAAAAUAGCAGCGAACUGGUACGAGGGAAGAUGGGGAACUCACGUCUGGACAGCUGAGGCGUUGGAGUUCCUCGGAAUCGCACUGCAAGGACAGGGUAAGAAUGGUGAAGCCAGGGACGUGAUGAGAAGAGCACUGGACAUGUAUGAGAAAGUGUCUGGUAAUGUCGACGUACGGGAAGCCAUUCCAAGGACCAGGGCUUUGUUAGAAGGAAUCCCUCCUUCGGCCAACAACAAAUUAAAGACAUCGUCGUCACCAAGACACAGUCCCAGUGAAGAAGAGGAAGAAGAAGUCAAUGAUGAAAAUACAAACCGCAGCACCGACGGGAAAAAGACCACGAAACCAUGCCCCAAGUCGACGUCACAUCUAACUCAAUUUGAUAGCACUUCUGACAACGAUAUGCAGGCCGUCCUCACUACCAUUGCUGAGGAGACGGGAUACAGAUGGCCGGACCUGGCCCGCAGACUUGGACUGACAGAAGCUCAGAGCCAAGAUGUGGACAGCAGACAUCGAGGGAAUCUUAAAGAAAGCUGCAUGGAUGUCUUAGGGGUCUGGCAAGAGAAGGAAGGGACAAAUGUCUCCGUUCAGCGUCUUCAGGCUGCACUGGUGGAUGCUUCUCUCAAAGCUAUAGCAGAGAAAAUUGAAGAUACAGAUGAGGAGAAGAUGGGGGUUAUCACCUGCAGAGAAAAGCUACAUGGUAUUUUCUUUGCGGUUGCUGAGGAAACCGGUACCAAGUGGAAAGACCUCGCCAGGACGCUCGACCUGAAGGAGGCACAAAUCGACGGCAUUGCGUCAAGACAUCGCGGCAACUUGAAGGAAUGCUGCAUGGAUGUGCUGGAAACAUGGCGGCUGAGGGAGGGGCGUGAUGCCACGGUUCAGGCUCUACAACAGGCUCUGAUACAAGCUGAACUAGCUGCAGUAGCAGACAUGAUAUCUGAAAUGAGUUCCCACACCGACCCUGUGAUGACAGCUGGUGACACAAGCAGCAUCAUGGCCGAAUUCUCCAAACGUAGCAAACUGUAUAUGAAAAUCAAAAGAAGCUUGUCAGAAGAAGACGUAAAAGACCUACGAGCAAUUCUGGUUUGCAAUGACCACCUUGGGUUAGCGCAAGUAGAAAAAGCAACACCUCUGGAGAUGUUCAACAUGCUAGAAGCAGAAGACAAGAUAGGAGAGGGGCGUUUGGGCUUAGUAGUAGAAAGUUUGAAAGGUCUCAACAAAACAAAGUUAGCAAAAGAGGCUGAAGCAGUACAGAAAAUGGAACUUGAAGCAACAGGUGAGUUUCCAUCAGAGACAAGGAAAAGGUGUGCGACAGACAUGGAUGACAUCACUCCUCCAGGAAAACACCUCAAACCUUGUUCCCCCAUUCCUGAUGCAGUCACUUCAGACAGUGGUCUUGAAAGCACCUCCACAACAAAUGAAGCUCAAGACAAAACAGCAGAUGUGCAAUACUUCAAGACAGCAAGUGACAGCGAAGAAAUCAAGGAUUUCAAAGAUAACCCAUUCCACGGAAGACAGGGAGAACUGAACAUCAUCGAGCGCGAGUUCAAAGAUGGCUGCAGGAUCGGUCUGAUAUCUGGUCUGCCAGGGAUGGGUAAAAGUCGCCUAGCCAAGGAAGCUGCACUCCAGAUCUGUAUGCAAUGUCAACAAAGAAACGUCAGUCUCAAGACCCACCACCUUGAUGUCAGGAACGUCAAGAGCACCAAUUUGAUAAUCGAUACAGUGUUUGCAGCACUCUUGGGCAGAGAUUUUACUGGACCCAUAUCAACCCCAGAAUCCUUGGUCAUCACUCUUGAAAAAGUAAAGCGGCUCGAAAAAGAACAACAGCACAAAGGGUUUCACCUCUUCAUCUGCGACAACAUGGAUGCUAUUUUGGAAGAUGACGACCUACGAUCACAGUUAUUGGACGUGGUCUGUGACAUCAUAAAAGCUUCUAAUUAUAAGAUCUUCUUCUUGGUAACCUCAAGCAGAAAGUUUCGCCUAGCAAAAGAGCAACGCAUAUUUUUCGACAUCCAGCUGAGGCAACUUGAUAGUGAUGAGGCGAGAAACCUGCUGAUGACGUUGGCCCCGAAUGUUCCUACAGACCACUUUUCCGAUAUCGUGGACCUUUGUGGUGGUCUUCCUCUUGCUCUAACUAUAGCUGGAAAUCAACUUAAGCCCAAUGGGGAGGAGCCAGGAUAUACCCCAGAAGAACUGGUCGAGCUUGUCAGAAAGGAUGUGUUGGAGAGCCCACUCAGUGAUGAGAGCUAUAGUAAGAGCGAGCGAGUAGGCCACGUUUUGGGCAGUGCAGUCAACAGACUGACCGAGGUACUGAAGAAACACUAUGCCGAGUUGAACUUCAUCCCAGGUUCCUUCAGUACGGCAGCGGCCGCAGCAGUUACGGGGAAGGACAGCACAGCUGUAGUGAAGGCACACACACUGCUGCCUCUGAGGCAGAGGUCACUCGUGGAGUUCAAUUCUGACAACUCACAAGAGAGAUGGGACAUGAACCCGCUCCUGCGAAAUAUUGUGCAGAUGUCACUCAGCAGCCAUUUAGAUCUUGGCCUGACCCGCCGAAGAUACUGCGUCUUCUUUGCCGAUGCUCUGAAAAAAAUUGGUGCAGCGAUGACGAGGGAUGCAUCAGGAGGCGUAUGGGCAUUCACGGCAGAUUACAGAAACAUUGAGAAGAUGAUGCUGGAAGCCAUCAACUGUUCAGAUGACAAUGCCUACAGGGUGUUCAUAGACGCUGCCUUCGAGGGGGAGAAAGUCCUGAUGCAGUACAUGCGGGAUCCCAACCAGACAGUACCCUUCUACACAGCCUGCCUCAACUCUGCUAUGGUCUGUGGAACAAUGAAGGAACGGGCAAGGAUUCUGACUAUCAUUGGGUUUGCCUUAGCAAACUACCAAGGUAGGAACGAAGAGGCCUAUGAGAAAUACAUGCAGGCAAAACAACUGAUUGAGCAGGAAGGGGAUAGCACCAUCUUGGCAAGACUGUACUCCAACAUUGGAGGAAUCUACAACACAAGGGGACAACAUAAGGAUGCCAUCAGCUCUCUUGAGAAGUCACUAGAGAUGUGGGAACGUGUCAAGCCUGGGCCGCACUUGGGGAAGGCGAUAACAUUGGCCACCCUGGGAAUCGUUCACAGCUUUGUUGGAAACCACAUGGAGGCCAGAGAAUACUAUACAAGGUGUUUGGAGAUGAGGAUUGAAAUGUGUGGAGAAGAUCACCCACUCAUAGGACCAUCUCUAAACAACCUCGCUAUCACCUACGACAAGUUGGGAGAAAAAGAGAAGGCCUUAGAACUACACCAAAAGGCUCUCUACAUGAAACGCCGCUGGUUCAAAAAACCUGCUCAGACCAAGGUGGAGUCCUUGAAUAACGUUGCCGCACAGUUCAUGUAUAGGAAGGAAUACAGCAAAGCAUUGCAGCUCCUACAAGAAGCUGCACAGAUGCAGAAGGAAGUGAAUUAUGUGGACUCUGAACAGUCUGUACUGAGUAACUUGAACCUCGGUAAGGUGUUCAUACACACAAAACAGUACAAAGAGGCAGAAGAGAACCUCCGAAUAGCAGCCAACUGGUACGAGGGAAGAUGGGGAACUCACGUCUGGACGGCUGAAGCAUUGGAAUUCCUCGGAAUGGCACUGAAAGGACAGGGUAAGCAUGAUGAAGCCAAGGACGUGUUGACAAGAGCACUAGACAUGUAUGAGAAAGUGUCUGGUAACGUUGACGUACGGGACGCCAUUCCAAGGACCAGGGCAUUGUUAGAAGGGCUUACUUCCUCAGUGCAGUGCCAUGGAGAAACACAAGAGGGCAAUGAUGGAGAAAUAUACAGCAACAAUGGGAAUGCCAUUGAUAUGCAGGCUGUCUUCACUACCAUUGCUGAGGAGACGGGAUACAGAUGGCCGGACCUGGCCCGCAGACUUGGACUGACAGAAGCUCAGAUCCAAGACGUGGAAAGCAAACGUUGGGGAAAUCUUAAAGAAAGCUGCAUGGAUGUCUUAGGGGUCUGGCAGAAGGAAGGGGCAAAUGUCUCAGUACAAGUUCUCGCGCAUGCACUCGUGCAUGCUUCUCUCAAGGCCAUAGCAGAGGAAAUUGAAGGUACAGCUGAAGAAAAGGCAGAGGCAGUUAACCAGAAACAGAAACUGCAAGCUGUUUUCUACAACAUUGCCGAGGACAUUGGUCCUAAGUGGAAGGACCUAGCCAGGAAACUUGGUCUGAAACCUGCUCAGAUUGACGGCAUCGAGACCAGACAUCACCGUGAGAUCAAGGAAUGCUGUAUGGAUGUGCUGGAAACAUGGCGGCUGAGGGAGGGGGGCGCCGCCACCAUCCAGGUUCUACAACAGGCUCUGAGGGAAGCAGACCUGACCGCUUUAGCAGAUGAAAUGUGUUAGAUGGACGCCACCUGUCCAGUGAGACAAUGACCAUGCAAAUACACAUACAUGACUGUACAUGUAAGCAUGUAGAAGGUCAAUGGUUGAGUAACUGACAUAAGACAGUGCCUUCUGAAACGUCUGGCCGUUUCCAAAUUGUAUCCAGGUAAUUGAGUAACUGUUGCCUUACGAAUCUUAUCCUAGUUGUCUAACCUUCAUCAAGGCAUUUUACUCUUAGUUCUGUGUCACUAGAAAUAGUACUAGAUCUAUUGUUUCAUGUUAUGUGGGCCUGGAUACCAGACCCCUGCCUGAUGUCAAAAGUAUCUAUCGUGUGGGUAUUUUUGAGACUGGACUGGGGUCUGGUAUCCAGGCUAUACUUUUACCUACCAUGUUUAAUUCAUAUGUUUUUGAAGUACAAAUCAAAAGUAUGUGCAAUGGAAUCCGAUAACCAAAUAAGAGCUAUGUAUCCAUAAUCUGGGGUAACAUACAAUUACAGUACAAUGUAUUUCUGAUGACUUUAAUCAUGAAGAUAAUUACAUCACUGAUGAGUCAUUUGUUAAAACUAAAUGUUCCACUCAGUUUAAUCCAAAAGCAUAAAACCUUUCCUUUCCAAUGUCCCUCAAUAAGCUUUAGUACAUAUACAAAUGUUAGUGAAGACACUUUAAAGUCCAGUUAAGUAUACCUGUCACACAUCUACAAUGAUUUCUUCAUGUCUAUAAAUAGUUCUCCAAUAUCCCCACUACAAAGUGUCAGCUAAGUCUACUUUGAAUUUAGAUUGACAAAUAAUAAAUGCACAUACAGAAACAAGUCUAGAGAAGGACCAAAUACCAAAGAUCCAAGGGCCGUUGCAUGACACUUACAUAUACACUAAUCGCAUAACUGUUCUGAGUACUGGGCAUAUACAGUGUAUAUAUGAGUAUCUGUUGAUGAAAUGACUGAAAAUAAAGUUUGUUGUUAAAAAUG